CUUAUAUCAGAUGAGGAAAAGAUUGAAAUUUCCGAUCUCACUUGGGAGCAAAAGGAGCGUGUGCUGUGCUUUUUGUUCGCGCAAAUGAAUCAUGGACCAGAAAUAAUGAAGGAUCAUUCUGGUCGUCAAGGCCAAAUAAAAUGCUCACCAACGUUAGCCAUAGAAGCGGGUGACCGAAACCCAGGAGAAUCUAGGAUAUUGCCUCCAUUGACCCCAGUAAAAGAGGCUGCUAAACUUCAAAUACGGCCACAUAUUUCAUGA